ACACGUCAAACAAUUGACACAAGCAAAACCAUAUGGCUUCUGCAUCCUCUCCCGCUACUGCUACCACCACCACCAUGGGCACUUACUCUUCUUUGAUCAUCUCCACCAAUUCCUUCUCUGCCUUCCUCCCAAACAAAUCCCAACUUUCCUUCUCUGGAAAAAGCAAGCACUACAUUGCACGUAGAUCAUCAAUCUCUUGCAAAGCCACAAACCCUAAUUAUAAUAAUGAGCAAGAUCAACAACAAUCUUCUAAUUUGUUGGGAAAAUUGGACAGGAGAAAUGUCCUAAUUGGCCUGGGCGGCCUCUACGGGGCCACCACCCUCGCCCCAAAGCCGUUGGCCUUUGCCAACCCGCUGGCUCCACCCGACCUAACCAAAUGUAAGCCGGCCGAAAUCACCACCGGAGGUGAAACUGUGGAAUGCUGUCCACCGGUCUCCACAAAGAUCAAAACCUUCACUCCGGAUCGGUCUAUCCCACUGCGGACGAGGCCUGCCGCCCAUUUGGUCACGGACGAGUACUUGGCCAAGUUCAAGAAAGCUCAAGCCCUCAUGCGUGCCUUACCCGAAGACGACCCGCGUAGCAUGGUUCAACAAGCUAAAGUUCACUGUGCCUACUGCAAUGGUGCUUAUCCACAAGUAGGGUUUCCGGACAUUGACAUCCAAAUCCACUUCUCCUGGCUUUUCUUUCCUUUCCACCGCAUGUACUUGUAUUUCUACGAGAGAAUCCUUGGCAAGCUCAUUGAUGACCCAACUUUCGCUCUCCCAUACUGGAAUUGGGACUCUCCUGACGGUUUUCCAAUUCCCGACAUUUACACAGAUACAACUUCCCCACUCUAUGAUCAGUACCGAAACGCCGACCACCAGCCCCCCGUGCUGGUGGAUCUCAGCUACGGUGGAACCGAUGAUGACGUGGACGACCAGACAAGAAUAGAUGAGAAUCUAGCCAUCAUGUACCGGCAAAUGGUUUCCGGUGCCAAAACUCCCCAUCUAUUUUUCGGCCAUGAGUACCGGGCAGGAGACACAACAACAGGGACUUACGCCGGCACCAUUGAGAACAGUCCUCAUAAUAACAUCCAUCUCUGGUGCGGUGACCCGAACCAGACCCACCAAGAAGACAUGGGUAACUUCUACUCCGCCGGUCGGGAUCCCCUGUUUUACGCCCACCAUUGCAACGUGGACCGCAUGUGGAACGUUUGGAAAACCCUCGGAGGCAAGCGCAAGGACCCCACCGACACCGAUUGGCUUGACGCUGAGUUUCUGUUCUACGAUGAAAACGCCGAGCUUGUGAGCUGUAAAGUUCGGGACAGCCUCAAACCUGAGAAAGAUCUUCGUUAUACUUACGAGCCUGUUAGUGUUCCGUGGCUGUUCACCAAGCCAACCGCUCGUAAGCCAAAGAGCAAGACAAAAGCCAAGGUGGGGGCUACCCAGCUGACGACAAAGUUCCCGGCCACGUUUGAUUCGAAGACGACGGUGGAGGUGGCGAGGCCGAAGCCGCGGAAGAGGACCAAGAAGGAGAAGAUCGACGAGGAGGAGGUGCUGAUCAUUAAGGACAUCGAAUUCGAGAGCAACGAGGCGGUGAAGUUCGAUGUGUUUAUUAAUGAUGAUGCUGAGUCGCUCAGUAGGAAGGACAAAUCCGAGUUUGCUGGGAGUUUUGUGCACGUGCCGCAUAACCAGAAGACUGGGACGAAGAAAAAGACGAACUUAAAACUGGGGAUCACGGACUUGUUGGAGGAUUUGGGUGUGGAGGAUGAUAGCAGUGUGCUGGUGACGUUGGUGCCUAGGGUUUCGAACUCGCCUAUCACCAUUGGUGGGUUUAAGAUCGAGUAUUCUUCUUGAUCAAAAAGUAUGGUUAAGUAAUUAAAUAAUUUCAUAGUGGAAUGGCCUGCUUUCAUGCAUGCCCUUGUGUUUAGUUAAUGCGAUGUGUACCAGUGCAUAAUUUGGAUCAGAAGCCAUGCAAUUGAUAUGCUGGCUUUUCCAAAUUUUUAAACGUACGAGUUUGUGGGAUUAAUAUUCCAUUGUUUAAUUGUAUGUGGAAAUGUAUCCGUAAUUUUACUUGGUUCAUCAAUAAAAUGCAUCAAUGUGCUUGAAUAUGUUUA